AUGGCCCCAAAAGCAGAGAAGAAACCCGCCUCCAAGGCUCCAGCUGAGAAGAAGCCAGCUGCCAAGAAGACCGCCUCUUCCAGCGACUCCAAGAAGAAGUCUAAGACCAGAAAGGAGACCUACUCCUCUUACAUUUACAAGGUCUUGAAGCAAACCCACCCUGACACCGGUAUUUCCCAAAAGGCCAUGUCUAUCAUGAACUCUUUCGUCAACGACAUUUUCGAGAGAAUUGCCACCGAGGCCUCCAAGUUGGCUGCUUACAACAAGAAGUCCACCAUCUCCGCCAGAGAGAUCCAGACCGCCGUCAGAUUGAUCUUGCCAGGUGAGUUGGCUAAGCACGCUGUUUCUGAGGGUACCAGAGCUGUCACCAAGUACUCCUCUGCUGCUAACUAA